UCUCCGCGUUGCAGCGUUGCAUGAACUCGCGAACAAAACGGACAAACAAAAGUGGCAAUAACUAAAGCAACAACAACAACAACUAGAGCAACAACAACAAUAUAAGAGCCGAAACAACUAACUAACUGCUCCAAAAGACAACGGAAAUAAUUAGGAAACUUGCACGGGCAACAACUGAACAAACGGAAUAAUAACAACAAAACACUUAAGCAACGUAAAAACAUCGAAAUUGAAAUUGAAAACAGAAAGAAGUCAACCAAAAAAAAAAAAAAAAAAAUACCCAAAUGCAAACGCAGUCGAAAUUGUAAAUUUAAAAUUUGUGUAUUUAUCAACAACAAUUGUUGCGGUGCCGUUUUUACGACUAUCAAAUGGUGUCGGUGUCAAGCGCGGCCUAGAAAACAAGCAAAUAAAAUAAAUAAAAACACAGCAGCAACAACAGAAACCGAUAUCGAAACGGAUCCCACUCCCCCAUUCCCCUAAAGUACAUACUAUAUAUACUAUAUAUAUUCCGACAGAAUUCCGAGCACGUUCAACGCAGGCUGCAGAAUUACGCAAAAACAAACUCAAGAGUCAACGAGCAACGAACAACAACAACAACACAGCAACAACAACAGCAAACAGCUGACGUUCAAUGAACGCCCAAAGCCGAGAGCCGUAAGUGCAGACAGUGAGUGCCAAAUGUAAGUGCACAGACAGCAGCUGUAGCUGAACUUGAAAGUGAAAGUGAAAUUCGCCAGACGCAUUCGAAAAAAAGCAGCAAAUCAUCACGACACAGCGCCAAACGGAUUAAGAUACACGACUACAAACAUACACACAGAUACAGAUACAGAUACAUUUGCUGCAGAUACAAAGAUACAGUUACAGAUACAACUUCACCAAUACUCGACUGCUACAUUUGAGCUACAGUUGUGAAUUUAAGCUUUUGCUGGAGUGCCAAGCGUAAAAAGUGCUCAGAGCAUCAGCCCAAGAAAAGUUUGAAAAAUGUGCGAUCAGGAUAAAAGCGAUUGCGACUCCUACGAGGUGAAGGCGCCUCAGGGUCACACCUUUGUGGUCAGUCCCGUCUCAGCGACUCCCAUACUGACCGCUGUGCCCGUAAUGAAGCCAGCGUCGCCCACGCUGACCCAACUGGUGGAACAGUCAGCGUCGCAGUUGGAAGAGGAGCAGGAGCAACCAUGCUGCAGUUCACAGGCUGUGGUUCCGUUGUCCUCGUCACUGCCCUCGAAGCUGCUGCGUUUGCAUGCCAAACGCUCAGCUCAGGCACUGCUCCAUCAAAUGGAGUCACUGGACUCGCAAUUCGGUUCGGGAUCUGAGGAUGCGCCCUCGAGUCCCAGUGCACCGCCUCUAUCGCCGCCUCCAAUGUCCACACCCAGCGACGACAAGCUCAUGGAUGUGGGCAUGGGUUCGUCCAUCGGCGACUCUGAGGAAUCCGAAGAAGAUGACGAACUCAAGCCGCUGGCCGUCGACAAUCACAUCAUGCACGAGCCGGAGCAGAGCGAGCGUCAGGUGUCACCGCCAGCUGUGCCGCUGAGCGAGGCCAAUUUGGAGAAGUUCCGCAAGCAUCAGAUGGAUAACAUCUAUCUACAUCCCAACUUUAGUUUGGAUGCUUCACCGCCACCAGCUGUGGCGCCAGCCAAUUCCCCAGUGCUGGAAACACGUCGGCCGCAUCGCUCGUUCCUCAGCCUAAAGAAACCUGCCGAGGAGGAGUCCAAGGUGGAGCCGGCAGCAGCAACUCCCGACCAGUCACCACAGCCAGAGUUGCCCAACGAGAUUGAUACGCUGGAUCCAGCGUUAGUCCCAAGUGAGGAGCUGGCUGCCGAGAUCACCGAUGCUGUCGAGUUUUACUUCUCCAACGAGAGCAUACUCAAGGAUGCCUUCUUACUGAAACAUGUGCGCCGCAACAAGGAGGGCUACGUCAGCCUCAAGCUCGUGUCCAGUUUCAAGCGUGUGCGCCAGCUGACACGUGAAUGGAAAGUGGUGGGUGAUGCAGUGCGUCGUAAAUCACACAAGAUCGAGCUGAAUGAGCAGGGUACCAAGGUGCGACGCCUUGAACCGUUGCCCAGCUUCGAUGAGACGAUGCCAUCGCGCACGAUUGUGGCCUGCGAUCUGCCUCUGGACAAGCUGAGCAUUGAGAAGGUCUCGGAUCUGUUCUCCAAGUGUGGCGAGAUUGCCCUGAUACGCAUCCUCAAGCCGGGCAUGGCCAUACCCGUGGAUGUGCGUCAGUUCAUGAACAAGUACCCGGAGUUGCAGCAGAAGGAAUGCGCACUCGUCGAGUACCUGGAAUCAUCCUCGGCACGCGAUGCUCGCCAUCUGGCGGGACCUUUCCAGGUCUACGAGAUGGUGGCGCCCAAGAAGAAGACGGGCAAGAAGGCGGCAGUAAUUCAGGUGGCUGCACCCGUUGCUCGCAUGGUGGAGAACUAUCGCUACUACAACGAAGCCAACUGCGAGCGCACGCGAGGCGGCAGCUUCUCUGGUUUGCCCAGCCACGAGCCGAUGCACGAUCUGCGCUUCAAGCUGAAGCGCAACAACUCGGACUUCCAGCCGAGCUACUAUCAACAGCAACAACACUUGCAGCAGCAGCAGCCGCAUCAUCAUCAGCUGCCCAACUAUCAUGGCCAUGGACAUGGUGGCUAUCAGCACUAUCAGCCACGUGGCAGCAUUGGCCUGGAUCAGCAGCAGCAGCCGCCGUCUCCGGGUUUUUUCGGCUAUGCGCCGCGACGUUACAGCAAUACGUCCACAAUCUCGGCCAGCACGGCUGCUGCCUUGGGCGAGCCUUUAGCCUCGCCCUCGGCUGUCGUCGCUCCCACAAGCAACAACAACAACAGCAGCAGCAACGGCAGCAAUAACAACAACAAUCCAAUUAAUCCGGUGAGCAGCUUGCAGCGUCGUCUGUCCAACUGCUCCGAGCAGAACUUUGCGCCCGAGUCUAUGUCGCGUCGUGCCAGCAACUGCUCCGAGACUGGAGCACCACAGCGUCGCGACUCGAACUGCUCCGAGAGCUGUCCUUGCUCCAGACGCGUCUCGGACUUUGGCCAGUCGGAAGCAUACCGCAAGACUUCGGUCUGCUCCAACGGCAGCUGUCCGGGUCAGGGCGAGCGACGUUACUCCAAUGGCUCGAUGCAGUUCGAGCGCAGCUUCUCCAAUGCCAGCGAUGGCAAUGGCUUCUAUCGUCGUCCCUCAAAUGACUUCAAUGUGGUCGAGCGUGAACGUGAGCCGGAUCAGCUGGUGGGUGGAGGCGGCGGUGGCUAUCAGGUGUGGCCCAGACGCUACUCGAACAACUUCCAGCAGCAGAUGAGCAGCAAGCUGGCUGCCUACGAUAAUGCUCAGUACAUUGGCGGACGGCGCAUCUCCACAGAUUCGGGCUACGAUCGUCGUUACUCCUUUGGCUCCGAGUUCGAGGGAUCGCCACGCUCCCGCACCGGCAGCUUCCUCAGCAGCUACAAGCAUGGCGGUGGUCCGGGAAGCGACUUCGAUGGACAGCCUCGUUCACGUACUGGUAGCUUCCUCGACAGUUCGCCACGCUCCCGUUCCGGCUCAUUUGCUCAGCGUGCUGCAGAGAGUUUGGUGCGCACUCCGAUGGGUCCGGAUGGCAGCAAGGGAUUCGGACAAAGAGCUAGGAAGUUUGGUCAGGCUGUGUCGCCGGUCAACUAGGGGAAGAGAAUUGUUAACUAAUUUUAGUGGGUAACUUUGUUUUUCUUUUGUGAAAUUAUUCAAUGGCUGUACACUGUGAUGCUGUCCACCUGUCCAAGUACCACGAACCAUGCCCAC